CAAGAAGUGCUUUUACAACGUGGUGCUGGAAAAACAUUCGAAUGAUAGAAUUAUUCAAGAAAGAAAGAUGUGUAUCUGUGGGAAUAUCAUCAUAUUGUAGUGGGUGCACAAGCAAUACUGAUUUUUUGAAGGAUAAUCUCGUCACAAAUCGUCCAAAUGUGUGUUUUACAAAGACAAAUUUUGCAAGAUCAAGCAACAGAUUUCCCCAAUUUGAGAGAUAUCAAAACACAAACUUAAUAGAACAAGUCAGACCAAUCAGAACUUUACAUAGAAGAUGGAUAUCAACAACUAUGUUAUACUUGAGUGGAAAAACAUCAAAGAUGUCCCCUGGGAAAAGUAAACUAAAAGACAGAAUAGAAAAAGUAAAAGAAAUGGUUCACAGGGAGAGCAUUUUAACUAUUCCCAAUUUACUGUCAUCAUUCAGAAUAGUUGCUGCUCCAUUCCUUGGUUAUUUCAUUAUUUCAGAGCAGUUUGUUAUAGCUCUGACUUUGUUUGGAGUAGCUGGAAUUACUGAUAUGCUUGAUGGUUACAUCGCAAGAAACUUCAAGAACCAGAAGUCAGUUUUUGGUACAAUAUUGGAUCCCAUAGCAGAUAAAAUAUUAAUGAGUGCCUUAGUCAUUUCUCUAACAGUAGCUGAACUUCUGCCAAUUCCUUUGACAGCACUUAUUUUAGGAAGAGACUUCCUACUAGUUUUAGCAGCAUUCUACAUUAGGUUCAAGUCUUUGCCUCCUCCGGUAUGUAGAUGAUUUGAAGUUUUUAAGCCAAACAUGAUAAUAGGCUGUCACUAUAUUACCCCUGUAACAAAUUUCAUUCUUCAGUCUUUUAGACACUUUUUGGUUUAGAAAGAGCUGGGAUUUCUUCCCUAAGCACCCCCUCAGGCAAUUCCUCUUUCCUUAUUGGGCUUCUUUGUAAUGACCAUAUUGAAAGUUAAAAAGUAGGGAUAGUCUCAACUAUCUUGCAAGAAAGCAUUUGACCUCUAAUAGUAAAUUAU